GAAAAGGCGGCCCUGGAGAGGCGUGGGCGCCCCCCCCAGACGACUUCCACCUCAGACCCUGACUUCACACCACCACCGGCUGGCUCCCUGCGCUCCAGCCUGGGGCCGCAGGAUCGGUCCAGCCGUCUGGGGCGCUCCUGAUUGUCCCCAGCUCCCGGGACUCCGGGUCCCCGCGGGCGAGCCGUGCAAAAUGAAGCUGGUUUUGCUAUUACCAUGGGCUUGCUGCUGCUUGUGCGGGUCGGCUCUGGCCACCGGCUUCCUCUAUCCCUUCCCGGCAGCAGCCUUGCAGCAGCACGGUUACCCGGAGCAGGGCGCCGGCUCCCCCGGCAACGGCUACUCCAGUCGCCGGCACUGGUGCCAUCACAUGGUGACAAGGACAGUCUCCUGCCAGGUGCAGAACGGCUCCGAGACGGUGGUCCAGCGAGUCUACCAGAGCUGCCGGUGGCCUGGGCCCUGUGCCAACCUCGUGAGGACUCUCAUCAGACCGACCUACCGGGUCUCCUACCGCACCGUGACUGCGCUGGAGUGGAGGUGUUGCCCGGGAUUUACUGGGAGCAACUGUGAUGAGGAAUGUAUGAAUUGUACCCGGCUUAGCGACAUGAGUGAGCGCCUGACCACGCUGGAGGCCAAGGUCCUCUUGCUGGAGGCAGCUGAGCAGCCUUCAGGCCCAGACAAUGACCUGCCACCCCCACAGAGCACCCCGUCAACCUGGAAUGAGGACUUCCUGCCAGACGCCAUUCCCAUUGCCCACCCAGGGCCCCGAAGGAGAAGACCCACAGGUCCAGCUGGACCUCCAGGACAGAUGGGACCACCAGGGCCUGCCGGGCCCCCGGGUUCCAAAGGUGACCGGGGCCAGACAGGAGAGAAGGGCCCAGUGGGACCUCCAGGUCUCUUGGGGCCGCCGGGCCCACGCGGGCUUCCUGGAGAGAUGGGGCGCCCUGGUCCACCAGGCCCUCCUGGCCCAGCAGGCAGUCCCAGCCUCUUGCCAAACAGUCCCCAAGGCGUCCUCUACUCCCUGCAGCCACCCACAGACAAGGAGAAUGGAGACACCCAGCUGAACCCUGCUGUUGUUGACACGGUGCUGACUGGGAUCCCGGGUCCCCGGGGUCCUCCUGGUCCCCCUGGUCCCCCAGGACCACAUGGUCCCCCAGGGCCUCCAGGAGCACCUGGAUCCCAGGGACUUGUGGAUGAGAGGGUUGUGGCAAGGCCAUCUGGUGAGUCCAGUGUGAAGGAAGGAGAAGAGGACAAAGCCACCACUGCAGAGGGUGAGGGUGUGCAGCAGCUUCGAGAGGCCCUGAAGAUCCUGGCAGAGAGGGUCCUCAUUCUGGAACACAUGAUUGGGGUCCACGAUCCCCUGGCCUCCCCUGAGGGAGGCUCUGGGCAGGACGCGGCCCUGAGAGCCAACCUCAAGAUGAAGCGGGGAGGCCCUCAACCCGACGGCAUCCUGGCUGCCCUGCUGGGCCCUGACCCUGCACAAAAGAGCGCGGACCAGGCUGGCGACGGGAAGUAAGAACAAGCCCAGCCCUGGGGCUCAACCGCUGCUGCAUCCUGAAGAUGCCCCGUGCGGGACUGGGCAUCAGGCAGGGACGAUCGUGAAAGACAUUGGGAGCCUGGGGUCCUUGGGGACAGAUGGUGCCUCCAAGGGGCAAAGCCCAGUGCAGAUUAGCACCCCGACAGAGUCCUUCUUUUGCCCCUGUCCCCCACCUCCCACUCCCGGCUGGAGACGGGGUCUGGGUGGGCUGGAUGGCAGGUAGGAGAAUAACCAGAGUUCUGGAUGGCUGCGCCCCUGCUCCCUCAGGGGCCAGGGCCAGCUAAGGUGAUUUCCCUAUAUUGUCUCAUUUAACCCUUAAAAGGUAGGUCUGUGAUCCCCACUCAGCCUGGGGACCGAGGUGUGGAGAGUACACAUGACCCAGAUCCUGGAUAUCAGUGGGGGCGGGGUGGGGGGCACAGUAUGGUGUUUUAACCCAGGCCUCGCUGUUGCUGAAGCCAUGACGUACAACUCUUGCUAGUUUCUCCUCUCCAUGAGGUGUGUAGCCCAGAGGGCUCCUGAGGCAGCCGGGCUGCUGGGAGGCGGGGCUGCCUGAGAAGAUACUGGGGUGCUACAGGGCUUUGGACCUGCCUGGCUUCCUCUGGUCACUCCCUAGGGUUGGGGACAGGGAGACAGCUUCCGGAGUGGACUUGGGGACCAGGAGGUAGGGUCUUUGGGGAUGAGAGGAGCAGAGGGCAAUGCUCCCUGCUGUCUCCCAGUCUUGCUGAGCCCACUGGUCCCCACUUGUCUUCCCCCAUGGAGAAGGAGGGAGCAUUUGGUGGGACUGUCCACCCAGGAGAGGACCUUCAGCCUCUGUUACCCCAAGUCUUUUAUGGAUAUCUCUAGAGCCUUCUGCUUUGGGGGGACAAUGCAAGUCCGUGUCCCCUCAACGGAGAAUCAAACUGCCCAUGUCCUCGGCUUGCUAGAGGCCAUGCCCCCACACCUUGGGGCUGGGGUCCUGGCAGGUUGCCCGGCAGAGCUGGUGCACAGCUCUGAAGGCCUCUCUGACUGGUGCUUGGCCUCCUAUGACCCUCCUACCCUGGUGUUCUUCUCCCCGGGCCACGACCCUUACACUCAGAGAACAGAAAGGGCUGGUACCACCCUCGGGUAUGUCUCCUCGCUUGGCAGUAGCAAGCAUCCCUGAAGCUCUUGGUGCUGAUGCAAGGUUGUAACCUUGUCCCCCUGGGCCCUGUUGGCUAUUCCUGGGCUAUUAUUCUCUGUCUCUACCAAGACGUGAUCUGAGACCUGUGAUGUUAUUUCAAAUAAAGGUGCU